AUGUCAAAUCCUAUCCAACUUUGUUUAGAACGACUUCAUUUAGGGGAUGACGACAAAAUAAAACAAAGAGCAGAACAAUUCCAAGGUCAACUCUCCAAUCUACCAAUAAAAUUAUUUAGUAAAGGAGGUCCUAAUUGUAAAUCAGUCAUUUCCAUUCAAUUAGCUUAUGAAAGCCUACAGCAUUAUGAUUGGAAUAUUCAGUUAGCCGCUCAACUAGCAGGCUGUAAAGCAUCAGCUUAUGAAUCAGUACUAAGCAUGGUACGCAAACAGCUUAAUAUUCAACCUACUAUAACAUUCGACACAUUGUUGGUUGCUUUAGGAUCUACGACCAUGUCAGAACCUGUCAAAGAGCUCUGGACAAGUUUUCAACAGGACUAUUUAAGUCAAUUUAAAGGAGUGCAAAAAUCAAAUGCCCAACAGGAACUGGAGUUACCUUGCUGGAAAGGCGGCAUUAUCUAUUGCUGUUCUAAAGCACUAGGUGUAAUGUAUAUAUUUAUAUAUAACAAGAAAUGUAGCCCACAUAAAUAA